AUGGCGCAGGCAUGGCCCAAAGCAAAGCCAAAGCUUACACAGGACGCCUUCGAUGAAGCUGUGGCAUCAAACAUCGAAGACUUUGACAUGUCGCGCGACGAGGCAAUCAGGAGCGCAGUCGAGGAAUUUAAUGUCCAGGGCUAUGAUCUAAGCGGUGUUGUAACCAACAUGGCAGGGAACGACUUACAGAGCCACCCCAUCGCUGUUGCUUGUCAGGGCUUACGUGAUGCGUGCGGCGGGCAGGGCUCCUUGCCAGAGGCGCUUGAAGCGCUGUCCAGCAGCCUGCAGGCUUCUACGCCCGAGUCCUCCGGUACUGCUGGCGGUUCCGUGCCCUCUCUCAGCCAAGAGGCGUCCAUCAUCGCGCACAAAGGUGGCGCCAUGCAGGCCUUGCUAGAAGCGUGCCGGCAGCUGCAGAACAAAACGGACGAGCUGCUUAAGGCGUUGAAGCUCUUGCAGGUGCUUCUUGGCUGGCUGGAAACACGCGACGCUUUCACGGAGGCCAAGGCAAGGACCGGAGUUGAACUCCUUCACGAUUUGCUUCGGGAAGGCGCCAGCAUACCGGAGGCCAAGACUGCUGUCGCAACAGUCGCUGAAGCGGCGGCGCGCCAGGUGGAGGAAGCGAAGUGCCGCCUGGUGGACUCGGGGACUGUGGCCACAUUGCUAGAGCAGAUGCAGGAGCCCAAUGCGCCGUUGGACUUUCUGGGUGCAGCUUGCGGGGUGGUGCGAUCCGUCACCACUGCAGACGACGAGCGCCCACCCGCAAGCAAGGCCUUCAUGCACGCGCGUUUGCUGGCAAAGAACCACGCUGCCAUCCGUGUGCUGUUGGGCGUGCUGCGCCGCGUGCCGGCAGCGGAGGAACCUGGCACGGCGUGCCGUGUGCUGGGCACCGUGAGGCAGGUGGCCGCCAAUGAGGAGAUCUGCCGCGAGUUCACGGACGACGGAGGCGUCAUGGCCUGCCUGCACGUGCUGAACUUCAAUGAUGCUCACGUUCUUGAAGUUGAGUCUGGCCCAACUGGUCUCAUAAGUGACUUGUUGGGAUUCAAUAAACGCUACGCGCCUUUCAGGGAGUGUGCCGCACAGCGCGACGUGUGUCGUGCCUGCCUUGGAGCCCUGCGGCAGCUGGCACACAGUGACACCGUUAAGAAGCUGCUGGCGGAGGCGGGUGCUCUGGAUCAGGCAGUGCACUGCGUGGAGCUGCACUCGGGCUCGGAUGAUGUUGUGGAGGCGGCGCUGGGGCUGUUGGGCAACAUGAUGUUACGCCAGCCAGAGAUUUGUGCCAAGGCUGCGGUGGCAGGGGUCGCGGAUGUGGUGGUGGAGGCCAUGCAGCGGCAUGCUGGGCGCGCCCACGUGCAGCGGCAGGCAUGUUUGGUGACUCGCAUCAUGGUGGCACGCAAUCCGGAGCUGAGGCCGCUGUUCCUGGAGCGCGGCGCUGAGGCGCUUCUUCGCGCCGCCAAGGCAGCUCACCCGGCAUCGUGCAGAGACGUUGGGUCGGCGGCCCUCCGGGACCUUGGCCUUGACAAUUACAACGAUUGACUGGAGUAUGCCCCUGCCAGCAUUGCCAAUGUGGACUUCUGAGCUUUAUGAGUCUUAUUGUGUAACCAUGUAUAGCC